AUGAGCUUUGAAUCAGCGAUAAUUGGGUUAUGCACUUUAGGGAUGCUCGCUUUGGUUCCACCGCUUGCAUGGCAUACCAAGACUAAAAACACACCUGCUGUCAUAUUAAUUAUGUGGCUCAUAUUAAUGGAUUUCAAGUGCAUUGUCAAUGCGGCAAUAUGGAGCGGCUCCGAUUUCAUGAUGAAGUGGGAAGGUAAAGGUUGGUGUGAUAUCGUUAUCAAGCUUGAGGUCGGUGCCAAUGUUGGGAUAUCAUGUGCAGUUACUAAUAUCAUUUACAAUCUACAUAAGAUACUAAAAGCAGAUAAUGCUCUUUUGAAACAUAAUAGUUGGAGGAAAAUUGCACAGGAUUUGUCCAUUAGUCUAUUAACUCCCAUAAUGGUGAUGGCUUUAUCGUACCUUGUUCAAGUCUUCAGGUUUGGGAUAGCCAGGUGUUACGGGUGUUUGAACAUUCUAUCACCAACCUGGGUUACAACGGUUGUAUAUACCAUGUGGCUUCUAAUUUGGUCGUCUAUUGGGUCUAUAUACGCUGUACUAGUUCUCAUCGUUUACUAUCGUAAAAGAAAGGAUGUCAAGGAUAUAUUAUACUGUACCAACUCAGGAUUAAAUAUAACUAGGUUUGCUAGAUUAUUGAUAUUCUGCUUCCUGAUUAUACUUGUUAUGUUUCCAUUCUCUAUCUAUCUUUUUGUGAAGGACUUGAGACAAGUUGGUACAAAAUUCUCAUUCAGAGCAACACAUUCUAAAGAGUUUUGGGGUACCAUUCUUAAGUUUGAUGUUGGUCAUAAAUUUGUUAACGUGUGGAUAUAUGUUUUGAUGUCCUAUCUUGUAUUUCUCAUUUUUGGACUAGGAACUGAUGCUCUUGAUAUGUACGCCAGUUUUAUGAGACUAAUUGGUUUAGGUUUUACUCUUGAUAAGUUCAGUGCUAAGCGGGAUGAGAAAAAUAAUAAUAGGUUCAGUGCAUUCAUGGAGUCAAUAAUAUUACAUCAAAACUCAGAUAUGCAACAGAGAUACUCAGAGUCGUUAACCCCUACAAGUCAAGAUUGUACUUUCGAUUGUGAAAUGGGAAACUUCAAGGAUGCCAUGUUCUCAAACAAACCAUACCAUAUUAAUGUUAAGAAGUCUUAUGUAUUGAACGAUUGUGUCCUGGAAAAAAUACCUCAGGGGCAAUAUUUGUUGUCUGAUUUAUACAGCUAUGAUGACCAAAUAACAUUCCAUCAGCACUCGGCUAAUUCAUUAGGAUCAUUAGGGCAUGUAUAUUCGAUCUCCUACCGCAGUGAGGUGAAUUCAGCCAAUACAAAUAAAGAGAUAGAUACAGAAGGUAGUAGCAAUGGAUCCCCAAUAACUAGAGUAGAAUCGGGAUAA